GUCUCAUCUUAACUCACCGCUAUUACAUGUACACUUAAAGACUAACAAAUGUUAACAAACGAGACCUUAUUGUAAAGUGUAAACAAAAAACCAAACAAAUAAAUUAAAUGUUUUCAAUAAUAAAUAAAUAAAUGCAAUCUGUCUUAUCCUAACCAUUCCUCUCAUCUUUCAUGAUGUCUAGCAGGUUCCAGUGACUUUAAACAGUGCAAAGCUACAUUCUUGCUCCUCCUGAAUGUGGCCUUGGAGGCAAAGCCGAACUGAAUCCUAUCUUGUAAAUGAAGCCGUUCUCUUCGUCUCUGUCCUUCAGCGGCUCUAUAAAAGCGUCCCGCUGCCUCCUCCUCCUCGCCAACAUGUUGCGGGCCGUCCUGAAGCUCUGCUGUGGAAUCACAUACCCACAUCUACGGAGCAUGACAGGUCUGCAGCGAGUAGCUCUGGCGGUGUUUGGCCUGGAGAUCGCACACUUACAGAGCAGAGGACAAAUGCCCCUUCCAGCAUUGAGCCCUUUGAAACGGACUGAAAAGACCGAGGCGGUGGAGCAGAGGAUGGCUACAUUGGCCGAUGAGGACGUGUUUUAUCUGAAACAAGGAGAAGCAGCGCUGAAUGAAGCUCUGAAGAUCGUGGAGUCUGAGGACGGAUGGGAACUGGAGACAGCUGAGAAGAACGGAGAUGUGAUCUAUAGUAAAGUUCUGACCGGCAACAGGAAGGUUUUCCGAUUAGAGGCCGAACUGAACGCGUCUCCAGAGGAACUUCACGAGAUCUUGUUCUUCAGAGUAGAGGAGAUGCACGAAUGGAACCCCAGCGUCAGACGCAUCAAAGUGCUAAAACACGUGGGCAGGAACACCAUGGUUACACACGAGGUUUCGUCGGAAAUGGCGGGAAACCUGAUUGGCCAGCGGGAUUUUCUGAGCGUCAGACAUUCGUCCAAACGCGAGUCACGUGUUUAUUUGGGCGGAGCCUCGACGCGGCUGGAGUCUCUGCCGCCUCUGCCGGGGUUUGUCAGAGCAGAAGACGGACCCACCUGCAUCAUCCUGCAUCCGCUUCAGGACCGUCCCGACCGCAGUCGAUUCAUCUGGCUGCUCAACAUCGACGUCAAGGGUUGGCUCCCGCAGUCACUAGUGAACAAGGCUCUUCCUCGAGCACAAGCGGACUUCACUAAACACCUGCGGCGCCGACUGGCCGCUCAAAACUCAGAAAACAACAGAUGCUGAGAGUCAGACAUCAACACAGACAAUGAUAUAGGAACCCAGACAUGCAACAUACACCUCAGACGAACAGCAUCAAACUCCUGUUAUCAGAGUAGAACUACUAUGAAAUUGAUCCGACAAUAAAAAAUAUUUUUCACUGGAGUGUUAUUUCAAUAUC